AUGACAAUGCCAGCAGCCGCAUUUUGGCCCGGUGCGGAAAGCGUGUUUGAGUUCUUUCGUAAUGCAUUUCUGAUCGCCUUCACCACAGAGAUUGUUCUGCGCGUGUGUCUCCUUCGGUUCAAAUUCUGCAAGACACCGUUCAACAUCAUUGACUUCAUUGCAUUGUUGGCAGCUGUUGUGGAGCUCUUUAGCUUGAACCUUCCCGUGGAUCCGACUAUGCUACGUCUUUGCCGCCUAGCCAAACUUUUCAGGACUAUUCGGGUGCUGCGAGUUUCCGGAAUGCUGGAUUCUUUGAGCAUGUUGGCACGCUGCAUGAGCUCCAGUGGUUUGACCUUGAUCUGGUCUUUACUCUUUCUCUUGGUCAUCCAAUUGAUCGCAGCCAUGAUGGUGUGCCUUAUGGUGAGGCCAUACUUGCAGGACGAGUCCAACGAUCAGUUAGAACGUUCUGCAGUAUAUCGUUUCUAUGGAACUUUCUCAGGGGCUGUGUUGACUCUCUUCGAGGUCUUCUUCGCCAACUGGUCGCCAGCGUGCAGGAUUUUGACGGACAAUGUCACAGAGUGGUAUUCGCUCCUCUUCCUGAUCUAUCGCUGCGCGAUUGGCUUUGCCGUGAUCAAUGUUGUGAACGCAGUUUUCGUUCAACAAACUCUUCAAGUUGCGAAAGGCGAUGAAGAAGUUCUUUUCUUGGAGAAGCAGAAGGCAGAAGAGAAGUACUUCAAAAACGUGGCCAAGAUCUUCGAAAAACUCGACACAUCAGGCGAUGGACUUUUGUCCUGGUCAGAAUUCGAGCAGUUAUUGGAAGAUCCAAAGCUCCGAUUCCUUCUGGAUAAGUUGGAAAUCGCAGCAGGGGACUUGAAAGUCUUGUUUGACCUCUUGGAUGACACUGGCGACGGAGAGAUCUCUGUAGAGGAGUUUAUCGAAGGAGUCACCCGUUUCAAGGGCAACGCCAAAAGCUUGGACGUGGGGCAAGUCUUGCUCCGCUCUCAUCGGUUGGAGCGACAUAUAAUGAAUAUUGAAAAGCUGCUGACAGACCCGAACGAUGACUUGGCAUUGGAGGCUGCUAGAAAAUCACACAAG